AUGGCCACAGAAACUAUUACUGCCGAUUCUACAGCCGGGUCCCUCAAUCUCAAAGCCAGGGGCUCCCGCAUGUUGAUGGACGGCACUGAUCCCAAGUUUGGCGACUGGCGAGAUGAUCUCCUCCGCGACGGCUACGCUGUUAUCAAGGGAGCUAUCCCUGAGGACAGAGCUCUUCAAUAUGCCGAUAAGAUCGGCCUUGGCUAUGACCGGAACGAUCCUGAGACAGUGCAUCCCGAUAAGCUGCCUAUCGUCAACGAGAAGGGCAUGAUCCUCAACUAUGGCGCCUGCCACGAGGAUUUUGUCUGGGCAGUACGCUCCGAGCCCGGAGUCGUAGGCGCAUUUGAGAAGCUCUAUGAUACGGAAGACCUGAUUGUCUCAUUUGAUGCCAUCAACUAUGGCUUUGCCAACCGGAAGAAUCUGCCGCCGAAUACCCCUUGGCCGCAUCAGGACCAAGAUCCUGACCGUCCCGGUUUCCGCUGCCUUCAGGGCCUCGUGAAUCUUCUCCCUAAUGGCCCCAAUGAUGGUGGUUUGAUAGUUUGCAGAGGCGGCCAUGCAACCAGCGAGCAGUUCCACAAUGACAUCCGGGGAACAGAGGAGAGAAUUCCUGCAUGGACCAAGGAGUGGUAUGGAUACACUGACAAGGGCAUGAAAUGGCUCGAGGAACACGGUCAUGAAUGGAUCAAGGUCGAGGCUGCUCCAGGUGACUUGAUCGUCUGGGACUCUCGGACACCUCACUACAAUGUCCCAGUCAAGAGCAAGCAAGACAGAAUGGCGAUCUACACCUGCUUCAUGCCCGUCGCCGACGCCUCGCAGGAGGAUCUCAUCCGCAAGAAGAUCGCCUUCGAGAUUUAUUCUCUAGCCCGCGUCGGGACCACGCACUGGCCGAACGCUUUACACACUGGAACCAACAAAACCACGCGGAACGGCAAGCCAGACUUCGUCCAGCGGGAUAGACCAUUGAACGACCCUGUCCUCAGUGAGAGGGCAUUCAAGUUGACGGGCAUUCCAUAUAUCAGGGCUCAGUAA